UUUUCUCCCUCAGUUCCCAAAAACGCUCCUUUAAUCCUGUAUGUAAAUCCCAGCCAAUGGAUGCUGUUGUUGAGUUGGGCUGGGAUUAGCGGAGGCGAAUGAGUUUCAAUUUUACUGGAUUACAGAACAAAGAAAGGGGAAAGGGGACACUCUGCUCCGUUAAAGAAAAACAGAAAGAAAAAAGGACUGAAAAACAAGACUAAAUAAUCUCGCCGAAAAUAUUCCCAAGGAACGAGCGAGCCAGCUAAGGAACAUGGUGCAGAUUAUGAGAUUUCAUCAACUCGCUGUGCUUUUUCUUUAGAUGGGAAUUCCGCCCUCACUAUUGGAUUAAACGGAGAAUAAACCUAUUCCGGGAUUGACAGCAUAAGGUAAUUAAAACGGAGAAAUCUGAGGGAUGGCCCAGCUGCGGAAGCUCAGCUGUGAUGGGCUGAGGGUGAACUCUCGUACUGAGCUCCGGGGGCCGCAGGUUUCUGCCAGACAGGAGAUCCUCACCAGCCUGGUAUCAGCUCUGGACUCUGUGUGCUCUGCUAUGUCAAAGCUGAAUGCUGAGGUGGCUUGUGUCACUGUGCAUGAGGAUAGCGUGAUCGCUGUGGGAACAGAAAAGGGAAGAAUUUUCCUCAAUUCCAGGAAGGAAAUACAGACGGACUUUCACAAAUUCUGCAGGGUGUCCUGUCUGCAAGCAUUAAAUUCAGUCAACUCCCACGCCAAAGUUCCUGAUGCAGAAUGCAGCCGGACUGGCAAAGACACUGGACAGCCUGGGAAGCAGCGAGCCUUAACGGACUCUCACUCCAAUAUCUUUGUUCUGAGGAAGAUGGUAGAGGAAGUCUUCAGUGUGCUUUAUAGUGAGGCUGUAGGGAAGAGCAGCCUAGUCCCUGUGCCUUAUGACUGGAUUCAGAAGGAGCCUAGCGCUGUGGUCGUCCAAGGCCUGCCUGAUGGUGUGACCCUGAGAAAGCCAGCAGAGUAUGAUACCAAGACCUUAAUGAAGAUCCUGGAGCAGAGCAACCGCAUCCGCUUCAUUGUCAAACGACCACCAGACGAGCCCUUGCGUGAUGGCAAAUCCUGUCCGGAAGCUAAUCACCACUCCUCCUCGGCCGCCAAGGGCGCCAGCAACCACGCCCCCGUCAAACCCCCCGCACAGGAAGUGCCUGCCAGCAGCUCCAUGCUGUCCAGCUUCCUGUAUGGCAUGCCCAUGUCCUCCCAGCCCCACCCGGACGGCAAGCUGGAGCUGAAGUCCUCGGCCCUGCACGGCCUGGGCAAGGAGCGACAGGCCAUGUGGGCGCCGGGUGAUGAAAAGGGGGCUGCCGCCAAAGAUGGCUCUGACAGUGGUGAGCGGAUAGCACUGGCAGGAGACCUCGGCCAGAGCCCUCCCAGCAUCCACGUCUCUAAGCGCCUUCUGUUUUCCAUAGUCCAUGAAAAAUCAGAAAAAUGGGAUGCAUUCAUCAGGGAAACAGAGGACAUCAACACACUUCGAGAAUGCGUACAGAUCCUCUUUAACAGCCGCUAUGCUGAAGCUCUGGGCUUGGAUCAUAUGGUUCCUGUGCCAUACCGUAAGAUUGCCUGUGAUCCCGAAGCGGUGGAGAUCAUUGGAAUUCCGGACAAGAUUCCCUUCAAGAGGCCGUGCACCUAUGGAGUGCCUAAACUUAAAAGGAUCUUGGAGGAGAGGCACAGUGUCCGCUUCGUAGUCAAAAGAAUGUUUGAUGAGCGGAUCUUCACAGCUGCAGGAAAGGUUGCUAAAGAGGAGGGCAAGCAAGAUGGUUCGGCCCUCGAAGAAGGCUUCCCAGAAGGCCUCAGGGUGCCGAGCUCAGCACUGGAACUAGUCAGCAACACCCACAGCAGCAGAUCCACCAGCUCCUGUGUUAGUCCCUUGGCAGAGUGUGAAGCAGGGCCUUCGGGAGACUGCGUACCUUUGAAAAAGAUCAAAACAGAACCACCAGACGGUGAAAUUAUUCAGGUGACCGUGCCAGAGUCCACUGCAUCUUCGGAGGAGCCGAGUGAGCCUCAGGCUGACCUAGUGACCCCUGACCUCCGCCGCCCCCUGGAGCCACUAGCAGCUGAAGCACUGGCACAGAAGUCUACACCCCAGGGGCUCAAGAGAGUUGUUGAAGAAGACAUCGGAGAGAUGAUUCUUCAGCUGCGAAAGCAAGUAGAGAGUCUUUUCAGCACGAAAUAUGCUGAGGCUCUUGGGCUGCCUGAGCCAGUUAAGGUGCCGUACUCCAAGUUCCAGAUGUAUCCAGAGGAUCUGUACAUUACAGGACUACCGGAAGGGAUUACAUUUCGGAGACCAAACUGCUUUGGAGCUGCCAAACUUAGGAAGAUACUUAGUGCCAGUAGCCAGAUCCAGUUUGUCAUUAAAAGGCCAGAGUUGUUAACAGAAACUCAACUUAAGCAUGAGCUUCCCCCUCAACCAGCUUGUGACCCAGUAGAGUCUGACCCCAAAGACAACCUGGCUGAAGACCCUGGGCCUGCUUCCAAAAGGCCUGCAUUCUCAGAUAGCUUAGAAGCUAAGCUUUCCCGUAUCGAUUUGGCGAACACCCUGAGGGAGCAGGUCCAGGAUCUGUUUAACAGAAAGUAUGGUGAGGCACUUGGCAUUAAGUAUCCAGUGCAAGUGCCUUACAAGAGGAUCAAGAGCAACCCUGGCUCGGUGAUAAUCGAGGGCUUACCCCCUGGCAUCCCCUUCCGGAAGCCCUGUACCUUUGGCUCGCAGAACCUAGAGAGGAUACUGGCAGUGGCUGAUAAAAUCUCCUUCACCAUUACGAGGCCUUUCCAAGGACUUAUACCCAAACCAGCACCACGAAGAAUCACCUUACUAAAAAAGGCAUAUGCCUCAAUAAGUGAUGGUUCUGUUCCACCAGAUGAUGAAGAGGUCAGUCGUAUGGGAGAAAAAGUUAUCUUGCGAGAACAAGUAAAAGAGCUGUUCAACAAGAAAUAUGGGGAGGCCCUUGGCCUGGAUCGAUCCGUUGUGGUUCCGUACAAGUUGAUCCGGGCCAGUCCGGACUCAUUGGAGGUUUGUGGACUUCCAGAUGAUAUUCCGUUCAGGAACCCCAACACUUACGAUAUAGUUCGAUUAGAGAAGAUCCUUCAGGCUCGAGAUGACAUCACCAUCAACAUCAAAACCCCUUUACAGCCUUUUGUACAGCUUUGUCCUCAGACUUGUAACACAGAAGGGAAGGAAGUUUCAGUUAAUCGACGCAAACGCAAGCGGGUUCUGGACAGCAGUCGAGCGGCCAUUCCCUCAGGAGCUGACCCCGCCGCUUCAGCCAACCAGAUUCCAGUAAUGCAAUGGCCCAUGUACAUGGUGGACUACAGCGGCGUGAAUGUCCAAGUUCCAGGGAAGGUCAAAUACUAAUGGACCACCUGACACCCCUAUCUGAAGGAAGAGGAAUCCUGUCGGGGGAUGUGUUCAGACAGACAUCCGUUUUAAAAUCAGCUUUUUUUGGAGUGCUGUGGCUGAUCUCGUGGUAUAACGGAAGACUUGCGUAGAUGCUGGCAAUCACAAACUCCUCGAGCGAGAUGCUGAACGGAACGAGGAGUUCUCAUCACAGUUUCAGGACACCAAGUCCCGAAACGUGAAUUUGCUCGGCACUAACUCAGACCGUUACUUCCCCGUUUGUCAGUGCUUUAUUUUUAAGGUUGUAAAAGGAGUAUUUUAUUUUUUUCUCAUUUCUGGUAAUGUGUUACUUUGCAUUAUACACAGGUAGUCAAAACAAUUGCUCAGAUGUUUUAUUUUAUCACUGAUGAACACCAACAAAUUUCCGUCAGGUUCAGACAUCAUAGUUAAAUAUUUCUCAAGCUUGAGACUGCUUGAGAUUUCUUGUUGGAGUUUUUGACAAGAUUUUGGCCUGCGUUUACCACAACUUCACUUUUUCUCCCUACUUUAUUCUUCCUCCCUGCUUUUACUACCUUUCUGGCACACUGGAUCACAGUUAUGUUGUUGGGAAGAGGUUGACUCCUUGUUCACUUAAAACCGUGUUGUUUACUUGUAGACAAAAACACUGUACUGCUCAGGAAUGCUUAUAUGGUUCAGAUGGUCAUUCCGACGGAUUGCAGUACACUGCAGGAAGUGUAGGGGGCGAUAUGGUUUCUGUUGUUUUGUUUCAGUCAGAGAAUUUGUAGAAAGGAGAAUUGCCACUCAGCAAUGUCUUCUGGGUUUGUCAAAUGCUAGAGGGCGCUCCCGGGCAAGUUCAUAAUGAAUGGGUUAAUAUGGAGCAUGUGAGCAAAAUCAUAGUUUAUAAAUACUUAGACUAUUUCUAUAUAGAAAAUUACUUUCAGUUUCUGAACAUUUAACACUGCUGUUAUAUUUUAAGGGCUUUUGAACUCCAGUUAUAGGACUUUAAGUAAGCGUGAACUGCUUCAAUCAGCCAAUGAGCUUAUCCGCUCGCCAGUCAACCAGCGCUCAGUAGCAGUAAUGCUAGUGUCCUACUGCCAAAAGCCUGUUUGUUGUAGAAAAAAGAAAAAUAUACAGGUUAGUUUUCUUUGCUUUUCUAGUAAAACACAUCCUUCUACGUUCUAAAAUUUAAGCAAGUUCCAGGGUAAGUGGUUAGAAACUAUUUAGCGUUUUGUUUUUAGCAGUUUUGCUCCAUUUACCCCAUUCAUUUAGAACUUGCUUGCAGGCGCCCUCUGGUGUUUUGCGGUCAAGUUUUAUAUAAUGGGAGAAAUAGGAAGUGGCCAGGCUUCCCUUAAACCGGCUCUGUUUCAGUAUUAAAGAAGUGAAUGGUGCUGUGAUGGGACAGUGUGACAGGAAACAGCAGAAAGCAUAAUGGUUUCAUUAGUUAUUUAAUUGACUAAUACUCAAUAGAUUCAUUGAGCAUAGAAAUAAUAAAAAUAAUCUGCCUUUUUUCAGUGUUGUGACAGGUCUGUGAAGGUUUUUCUAUGUUUUAUUUUUUUUAAACAUAUUUAAAUAAUUAUAAUAGACAUUUUAUAUUGGUUUACAUUUUUCAAAGCUUGCUACAACACGUGUGGAAUAAUUUGUAAAAUAAAAGUCUUGCAAUUAUGGCCCAAUUAUGCUUCCACUGAGAAUCUAAAAAUAUUUCCUUUGAAUUCCCUUUGGUACAUUAAGUUUCUAAGAGUUUUUUUUUUAAUGUAUACAUGGUAAUAGCAAAGAAAUCAAGUAAAAAUGGUACUGAAUGUCAAUAAGCAGUAUCAUUCUACUGCGUUGCAUUUAAAAAAAUACAAAAACAAGUGAUAACCUACUUUAUUUGAUUCACAUAGAGAUGGCAUUUAAUAUAGGACUAGAAGCUUUUAUUGUGAGUUACAUCUGAGACUGUUUUUAUUUUUAGUUGAUAUAUAUAUUCAGAGAGUUUGCAGUCCCACAAGUUAUCUGUGGGAUUUAAAUCUUAUGUUUGCUGUUUUGUCACCGCCUGAAUUUCCUCCUCCUCAGAUUACUCCCUCACUUGUCUAGCAGUCUGGUUUCUUGCUUUGUCUUUCUGGAAAGUCCAGUCAGUGUUUGUGGUUUUUCUCCUUUAAGUGAACAGGAGAGAUAGAGCUCUUCAAACACCUCAAAAACAGUUGACAUCUGAGCAAUUCUUUAUGACUGCCAGUGUAGAAUUGCGCUCUUUUAAGGCCUUGCAAACAAUCAUAGCCGACUAACACUCUCAUAGAGGACAACAGAGAUGGAUUUGAUGGGAAUGCCUUGAUUCCCAGACAAGAUUCAUUAUCCAUAGGAUGCAAAACCUCGACUGGUGCUGAGAACGUACACAUAUGUACUGCGUACUACUCCUGUAGUAACUGGGUCUUACGCCUAGCGAAAUGUUUGUAUUAUUAUUUAUUUAUUUAUUUAACUAUGAGUAAAGAAACAUGUAUAUGCAGGGAAUGUAAACAAUUCGGCACAGAGCAUUGAGUGCUGAAACGCCAUGACUGAUAACACUAAAACAGUUAGCUACUGAUAUAUUCGGAGAGUUAUUUUUCUUUUUUUUUUUUCUUUUUCCUUUUUUGCGUCAGGGGUUCAUACAGUGGAGCAUCCUAACACAAUAGCACUAACUUAUAUUCCAAUGAAAGACUUUUUUAUCAUUAUUGUAGCGUUGUAAGAUACUCUAACGUUCGUGGAACGUGGAGGAAAAGUAAGAUAUUUGAUGGAGAAAACAUCAUGAAUGUAUUGUAUGUAAAAGAAAGAAUGGUAUGUUAUUCUGUAAGGACUGUCUCUGGAACCACCAGUAUUUAUAUGCUGUACCUUAAUGCCAUUUAGGCCUUUCAAAUAAAAUGUGUUGCCUUGCGUUCAUUG